AUGAAGUCAACAAACGAGACUCUCAUGGAGCUGGCCUAUGAGAUGUAUCUCCUCGAAGAGAUGACUUACAAUUUCCGCCACGAGGUCCUCGAAGUCAUCUGUCUGGGCAAAGAUUACGAUGUCCACGAACAAACAAAUACCGCUAGCGUCCAGCUUAUGCAGCGAGUCAAGCUCAAGGCUCUACAACUGCUCAGCACCAUCAGCCAGAAGCUCUCCCUCCUUCCCCUGAUUAUCCAGAACAACAAGCAGCUCAAGGACUGCAUCAAGAUCACGCUCGCUGCCGUAAAGGCGUUCUGCCUCGCCGCAGAGGAAGCUAUGGUCCUCCCGACUGUCGUCCAAGAUGAUAACACUUACGACAAGCGUCGCGCAAUUUUUGCAGCAAAGCUCAAGAAGGAGCUGGACGGUCAGGCUUUGUGGGCAAGCCUUGAUCCCAUGUGCACAGAGUUGAAAAAGGCUGAAUCGAUGAUCAAGAAAAUCAGGUUCCAUGAGUGUAUCCGCGCUGGUCGACAGGCCUGA